AUAGUCAUUUCAGAUUUGUGCUUUCUUCUUCUCUCCUUCUUCCUCUCUCUCUCCUCUCCCUCUCUCUCCUCUCCGGGGCUCAAUUCCCCAUUUCAUUCCGAUCCCCAAAAAAUCAGUGCGCGAGAACCAGUAGCAGAGCAAAGAAGGAGAGGUGAUUACUGCCUCUGGUCCAAGUGAGAAUUUUCUCGCUCGAUUUGAGAAAUAGGUGAUUUUUCUGAUCUGAAUCUGAUCCGGAUCUGGGUCUUCGAUUGGACUGACUUUCCGUGCGAUUAUUACCGUAAAUUUGUAAUCUUUGAGCAUUUUGAGCCCUGGGGCUGAGUUGUAGAAGUGGAUCUAGUCGUUUGCUCUGAAAAUCUGACUGACUCGGCCGAGUUAUACUCUUUGACUCACUGAAUCUUUGGUAAUGGAGACUCUUCAUGUUGUGGCGCAGCAUAAGAACCAGUACUACAGCCGGGGGAAGUCACACGGCCCGGGCAGAGUCGGCCCGUCGCCGUCCAAGGGCUUCCGAGGGAUCAAUUGCCGGACUUUCCAAUCCGGGUCAGGUAUGCUCCCUACCCCGUCCAAGGCUUGCUCUACUCCUGUAUCCAAACAGAGAGCAUGCUCUGCUUCUCCUUCUCCUAGGAUAACUGCACCUAGUCCAAACAAGACGCAUACACCUAGUCCAGUUUCACAGUCCGAUAGCAGGACACUGAGUAAAAGCACCCCAAUUGCUAUCAAUGUCAAAAACUCGAAGAAAGGCAAGCACUUCAAUGGAAGUUUUUCAUUUUCUGAGCUCUGGGCCGGCCCGGCUUACUCCAACUCUCCCCCACCGAAUUCGUUGCCAAUCCCCAAGUUUUCAAUCCGUCCCAAGAGAACCGUGUCGCUCGAAUUGCCCAAGUCGCCCGCUGACAGCGAAAUGCACCACCCAAUUGCCAAGUCUGCACCUGCAUCCCCAACUAGGGAGCAUGGUGGGUCUGCUGCUAGGGAUCUCUUUGACAACGCUGACUCCGCGACCAAGACUCUGCGUCGCAUUCUGAAUCUCGAUGUUGACGAUGAAUGAAUGGCGGAUGGAGCACUAAGGCUCCUGUAAAUAGGGUUUAGGUUGUUUAUAGAAUGAAUAAAUUGGUUGGUAGACUUGGUAGUCUUGGGGGUUGUGAUGAGUGUGUUUAGUUUUCUGUGGUGGUGCUACAAGUUAAAGUCAUGGUUGUGGUGGGUUAACGAUCUCUGGAUGUUGGAUGUGGAGUUGGUAUUGGGAGAUGAAUGGUUUGUUCUGAAAUUGGCAUGGUACGUGUAAUACGGGAUUUUCGACAUGGUUGGAACUGACCGAAUUUUUAAGGAAGCAGAAGGAAAUAGUGGUAGGCUUGUACUAUCGAAGCGGAUGUUGUCUGCACUUUGGAAUGCGGGAGAUGAAUGUUGGGAAAAACUGACAUUGAAUGUGUGAUAUGGGAUUUUCGACGUGGAACUUAACUGAAAUUUUAAGGAAGCAGAAGGGAAAUAGUGGUACAAGGCGUGUACUUUUGAAGCGGAUGGUUGCCAGCAAUCUGGAAUGGGAGGGAUUGUGCAACUCGUCAUUACAUAUGAAAGCAGAGGGAAACUACAUUAGACUUGAAUGUUCUAAUGUAAUCCCCUCACAAGUUCGCUAAUUCUUGUUAACCCUUUUAGAGUUAGGUUUAGGUGUCUCGUUUCGUUUUUUGUAUGUAUACUGUAUAAUGUGUAGGGAUCUGUCCAUAAGAGCUCUGUUGGUUUCUAUAGGUUUCGUUUUUCUUCUGCAUUGCGUCUUUGCUUCCUUAAGAUUUAGAGUUAGUGUCCGUAUAAAUAGUCUAACAUUGGUUAGUCUCUUUGUUCCGUAGUUCAGCAUUGUCCCAAUAGCUGCUUAGGUAAUCUUCUUUCAUUAAACUCUCUGCCUUUGCUGUUAUAGCCUUGUUUGCCUUCAUACUCAACGUAACGUUCUUUACUUCUGAUAACAAUCUAACCCCUUUAACUACGCUCUUAUCAAAGGGUGUUCCGCCCCCUUCACCAUCUUUUCUGUUUUUUAAGAAAGAAAAGAGGGAAGGGGGAGUGAUUGUUCAUUCGUACUUCUGCUUCAUUGCUUCUUCAGGUCUUUAGGGUUGGUCAAUCUGUGGUUCUGUCCUGUAAGAUGUCCUGAGUUGUUCUUGUAAAUGAAUUGUGCCGGUUGUGGUCUUCACAUCGUUUUCAUCCAUGGAGGUUGUUAAUCUCGCCCUGCCAUCAACAAGGGUGCAAGUUGGGAAAGUAUUCUGGAGGUGUUUUCGUUAGCAGUUCAUGAUGUAGUCCCUUACGCGUAUGAUGGUUCCUUGGUGAAGGCAAAUGCAGUUCCAGUAUAUCAUCACUUGUGUUGAGGAAUGGAUGAUAUGUGGAAAAUCUCUCUUUGUCUUGUGUACCGGGGAUUCCAUCGAUCGGACAAUUGUCUUUGUCGGGUGGAGUAUUGUAGCGUCGGACAAAUAUGUGGUCGCCAUUUAUAUCGUCUACUUAAAUUUCAAUGUUGAGUCUGUUCUUCUGUUGUCUAAUUUAAACUUCGAUGCUAGCUUGCUUAUCUUCGUCUUUCAGAUCCGUACUUUAAUUUUAUGGAAGUUUACAUUAUUUAUCUUUA